GAGGAGGCGGAUCGAUUGGAGGAGAGCUUUAAGGAUCAGGUAAAGGGAUUCUUGAAUGCGAGUGGAGAGAUGGCGGUGGAGUUUGGGAGAGGAGUUAGGGAUAUCUUGCAGCAGAGCUUGGAGGGGGCUGAGGAUUUCUAUGUAGUGAAGAAGGUGAAGAGGCCGAUUAGGGUUUUGGGGGGGAAGUUGGAGUUCUUGAACGAGUACAUGCCGGAGGAUCGCGAUCCGGUUCACUCGUGGACGGUGGUGAUCUGUGUGCUUCUGGUUGCGAUUUCUGUUUUAAAUGUGAAUAGUGGACAACAAACUCCAGUAGAAUUGCCGAAAAAGCUCUACGUACACCCUCCCAGCGCCGGUCGUAUUCUGCUUCCGGAUGGGAGACAUGUGGCAUAUCAGGAAAGUGGAGUAUCUGCUGAAAGGGCUAGAUUUUCCUUGAUUUCUCCACAUUCUUUUCUUUCUUCUCGAUUGGCAGGAAUACCUGGAAUUAAAGCUUCUUUGCUGGAGGAAUUUGGUGUACGUUUGGUAGCAUAUGAUCUCCCUGGUUUUGGUGAAAGCGAUCCUCAUCCUGGCAGAAACCUCAAUUCUUCUGCUGUUGAUAUGAUGCAUUUAGCAAACGCUGUGGGAAUUAUUGACAAGUUCUGGGUAGUUGGUUACUCUGGUGGCGGCAAGCAUGCAUGGGCUGCUGUUCGUUACAUACCCGAGAGACUUGCUGGUGUAGUCAUGUUUGCUCCAAUGGGUAAUCCAUAUGAUUCUAGCAUGACCAAGGAAGAGAGGUAUAGAACCUGGGAGAAAUGGACAACAAAAAGGAAACUGAUGUAUGUUUUAGCUCGGAGGUUCCCUUCUCUUCUUCCUUUUUUCUACCGCAGGAGCUUUUUAUCAGGCGUGCAAGGUCGACUUGAAAAGUGGUUAUCAUUAUCAUUGGGGAAGAAGGAUAGAGCUUUAAUUGAAGAACAAAUUUUCAAAGAAUUCUGGGAACGGGAUGUCGAGGAAUCAGUACGUCAGGGUGAUUCAAAACCAUUCGUGGAGGAAGCUGUGCUACAAGUAUCAGACUGGGGUUUCAAUCUCGCUGACCUUCAGGUGCAGAAAAAGCACGAGGGCCGAGGCCUACUUCUCUGGCUCAAAUCUCUCUUCAGCCAGUCUGAAAAAGAGUGGGCAGGAUUUCUCGGCCCGAUACACAUUUGGCAGGGAAUGGAUGAUAGAGUGGUUCCACCAUCUAUGACUGAGUAUGUACGAAGAGUUGUUCCAGGUGCUACAGUUCAUAGAUUGCUUGACGAAGGGCACUUCUCCUUUUUCUGUUUCUGCGAUGAAUGCCACAGGCAGGUAUUCUCUACUCUUUUUGGUAUCCCUCAAGGUCCACUUCCUGAAAUUUUGGAGGAGCCAGAGCCAGAGCCAGAACCAAUACUAUCACCCUCCGAGGAAUUCUUCGAAGAAUUGACAUCACAGGAAUCAGUAGAUAACAGCACAUUGGAAGAGUGAAAACAUCCCAAUUCUUUUGUUUUGGCCCAUGUCGAUCUUUUGAAAAGGAAUGUGUAGAUAAUACAGUAGCUCUAAGUUUUUAACCCGUUUUGUAGAGUAACAUAUCGUUUCAUUUCUUUUGCUGCGAGAAGAACCACGGAAAGCAUCUACUUUGUUGUUUUACAUUGAUCUCUAGAAGAUCGUUUACAUGGCAGAUCCUACUAAAUGGUGGUCAACACUGAUGAUACCAUGAGAAAUACUGAGGUCACAGUUGAUAGUGUGCGGUGCAACCUUGUAAUGUUUUGCUCUGUACCAUGAUACUUUUUAAGAUAUCAGAUGACAAUAAAUCAUCGGCUCAAAGUGAGUUUUUACUGA